UUGUCCUUUUCCUUGGAUAUGAUUUUUCUUGCUUGGAAAGAAAACAAGAGAAGAAAAAAAAACUGAGAAAAGCAAACGCAGCUAUAUAAUAAAUUCAGAGUCCGAGAGAGAAGAGAACUACAAUCAAAUCAAAUCUGCAGAGAAAAAUUGAAGAAGGGAGAGAGACUGAGAAGAAGAGAUGCAUCUGUAUAAUGAAUGGUUACCGCCGCCUGUAGCGGAGGAGACGAAGAAGGAGAAAGAGUCCUUCGCUCGUGUCGUCCGUAGCGUCAAGGAGUUGCACCGACCUGAUGAUCCUGAGUCUGUUUACGCCACUCUUAAAUGGAUCUCCGUUAUUGAACUCUUUGUUAGAGCGAAAAGUGAAUUGUCCGUGGAAGAUGUUACUGACCUCGUGGAAAUUGGCUUACAAAUUUUUCAUUCAUCUGAGAAUAAGUUGUAUGCACAGGUUAGAUGGGGUAAUGUUUUAGUCAGACUGAUCAACAAGUAUCGUAAGAAGCUGUCUUUGAAAGUUCCGUGGAUGCCCUUGUAUGAUACCUUGAUUCAUGCACAUUUCAGCAGGAGCCCGGGUCCUGAAGGUUGGAGAUUGAGACAACGACACUUUGGGGCUGUUACUUCUCUCAUUCGUUCCUGUAGGAGAUUUUUUCCACAAGGGGCUGCAUCGGAGAUAUGGUCCGAAUUCAUGUCUCUUUUGGAGAACCCUUGGCAUAAUUCCUCGUUUGAGGGCUCUGGCUUCGUGGCAUUGUUUCUUCCUACGAACCCCGAAAAUCAGGAGUUCUUCUCUGAAAAAUGGAUAAAAAACUGUCUAGAGCUCUGGGAUUCCAUACCAAAUUGUCAAUUUUGGAAUAGUCAGUGGACUGCUGUGCUAGCUCGUGUGAUAAAAAACUGCAGCUUUAUCGACUGGGAGUCCUACUUUCCCAUGCUUUUCAGUAGAUUCUUGAAUAUGUUUGAGGUUCCUGUUGCAAAUGGAAGUGGAUCAUAUCCUUUUUCAGUUGAUGUUCCCAGAAACACGAGAUUCUUGUUCUCUAACAGGACUAAUACUCCAUCAAAAUCAAUUGCACAAUCUAUUGUAUACUUUCUGAAACCUGGAAGUUUGGCACAUGAGCAGUUCAAGAAAUUGGUCAACCUCUUAGAACAAUAUUAUCAUCCGUCUAAUGGUGGCCGUUGGACUUAUUCCUUGGAACGGUUUUUGCUCCACCUGGUGAUAGCAUUCCAAAAGCGUUUACAGCGUGAGCAGCAGGAUCCAGAUAGUCUGUCAGCAGUCUGUUUAGGAAAGCCGGAGAGGAUAGCUUUUGUUGACGUGGUGUUGAAGCUGAUUGAUCGUGGUCAAUAUAGCAAGAAUGAACAUCUUUCCGAGACAGUUGCUGCAGCGACAUCCAUGUUGUCUUAUGUGGAGCCCUCUUUGGUCCUUCCUUUUGUGGCGUCUCGGUUCCAUUUGGCUUUGGAAACGACAACUGCCACCCACCAGUUGAAAACUGCUAUGAUGUCCGUAGCAUUUGCUGGCCGGUCAAUCCUGCAGUCAUCCAUGUCAACUGCUGAAGCACAAGAUCUUGGUGGUGAUGUGGAUGGUAGGAUCAUGUAUGUUAAUGGAGCUGGGGAUCAUCUUCUUCGAUCUCUCCUCGGAAGUUUGAUUCUUUACUAUCCUAUUGACCAGUACAAAUGUUUGUCUCGUCACCCAGCUGCUCCUGCUUUGGAGGAAUGGAUCAGCACCAAGGCUUCUUCCAAGAAUGAGCAGGUGGCACACUCCAGGUGGCAUGUUCCCACCAAAGAGGAAACUCAGUUUGCCAAUGAGCUCUUAGACCUCCAUCUUCAGUCAGCACUAGAUGAUCUUUUGAGUAUUUGCCAAUCAAACAUCCACUCUGAUGCAGGAGACGAGAAAACACACCUUAAAGUGACUCUUUUGCGUAUAGAUUCGACAUUGCAAGGUGUUUUGUCUUGCCUACCUGAUUUCAGGCCAUCACCUAGACAUGAUAUGGUUGAAGAUCCGCCGUUCUUUAUUGCUGGAGCAUCAGGUUCAUGUGUUGGCAGUGCUGAAAUACGAGAAAAAACUGCUGAAACUAUUCAUGCAGCCUGCAAAUACUUGUUAGAGAAAAAGUCAGAUGACAGCAUCUUGCUGAUAUUAAUAAUCCGCAUAAUGGAUGCUCUAGGAAACUAUGGCAGUUUGGAGUAUGAUGAAUGGUCAAAUCACAGGCAGGCUUGGAAACUGGAAUCUACUGCGAUUGUAGAGCCUCCAGCGAACUUUAUUACAGAGUUUCAUUCUAAGGGCAAGAGAAGGCCUAGAUGGGCACUCAUUGACAAGGCGUACAUGCACAACACAUGGAGGUCAUCACAAUCGUCCUAUCAUCUGUUUCGCACAGAUGCGAACUUCUCUCCACCGGAACCCUUGACACUUCUGGUUGAUGAUCUUUUGACCCUGUGUCUGCACAACUAUGAGACUGUUCGAGUGCUUGCUGGAAAGUCUUUGCUGAAACUGUUAAAGAGAUGGCCCCCCUUGCUUUCAAAGUGUGUUCUGUCCCUUACUGAGAACUUGCGAAAUCCGGAUGUACCAGAGCAUGUAGUCCUUGGUUCUUGUGCCAUUCUCUCUUCACAAAGUGUUCUCAAGCAUUUGACGACGGAUCCAAAAUCAUUUUCCUCUUUUCUUCUUGGUGUUCUUUCAAGUUCUCAUCAUGAAUCUAUGAAAUCCCAAAAAGCAAUCAUUGAGCUUUUUGUCAAAUAUAACAUUCACUUUGCGGGACUGUCUAGAAAUAUACUUCGCUCACUGGAAAGCCGUGUUGACGGGUCUACUUCUGGAGAUCUUGUAUCUCAGAUCGGCUCCAUGAGUUUUGAUUCUUCUAGCUUGCAUUGGCGGUACAACUUGAUGGCUAACAGAGUGCUCCUUCUGCUAGCUAUGUCCUCUAGGAUUGACCCAAGCUUCUCCUUCAAAAUUCUUGAUAAAACUGCUGGCCACUUCCUCAGAAAAUUGAAAAGUCAACUUCCUCAGACAAGAAUACUGGCAAUUUCAGCUUUAAACACGCUACUUAAAGAGUCACCGCAGAAGAUGCAAGGCAAGGAUCAACCUUCUGUGUCUUCACAAGAAAAUGCCAACUCAUCCCUUGAUUUAGCAUUGAGCCAAAUUUUUCAAGAAGAAGGAUUCUUCAGGGAGACUUUUGAAAGUCUUUCGCAUAUCCAUAUUACUGACACUGAUAGUUCCUCUAGAAAUCACGGAAGUUCAUCCUUCCAGAGCAUGGCGGACAAGUCAAUCACUCGUUUCUAUUUCGAAUUUUCGGCUUCAUGGCCAAGAACUCCUAGUUGGAUAUCUUUGUUAGGAAGUGAUAUAUUCGACCCAAGUUUUGCUCGUAUCUUCAAGCGAUUAGCACAAGAAUGUGGAGUGCCUGUGUUGAUGGCACUAAAAAGUCCCUUAGAGGAGUUUUGUAAUGCCAAGGAGAGACCAAAACAGUGCGUUGCUGCUGAAGCAUUAGCAGGUGUACUGCACUCUGAUGUUAAUGGUCUUCUUAGUGAGUGGGAUAGCUGGAUAAUGGUUCAGUUGCAGAAUGUUAUUCUUGGCCAAUCAGUAGAAUCCAUACCAGAGUGGGCUGCAUGCAUACGUUAUGCUGUCACAGGGAAAGGGAAACAAGGAACCAAAAUUCCUGUCAUGAGACAACAAAUUUUGGAUUGUAUAGUGGCACCAUUACCACCAAGUGCGACCACCACUGUUGUUGCAAAGCGGUAUGCUUUUCUUUCAGCUGCUCUGAUAGAACUAUCUCCACCAAAGAUGCCCAUAUCAGAAGUGAAGCUGCAUAUCGUACUUCUUGAUGAGUUGAUCUGUAAUAUGUCCCAUUCCUCGGCACAAAUAAGGGAAGCUAUCGGUGUAAUUCUUUCAGUAUUAUGCUCUAACAUUCGGCUGCGGAUGUCAUAUCAACAAGAAUAUCCAUCUGAAGAAGGGAGAACAGAUGUUGAUAGCCGACUUAAGGAGGAAAAUUGGUUCACGUUGAUUAGUGCACGAGCAUCUGAAGCUGUUACAAACAUUCAACAAGCUAGCAUAUCAGACAGCUUAGACACUUCAGCAGAUGUAGAUAUGGAAAGUGCUCAAUCUAACGGCGAUUCUCUAGAUGAUGUUAAAUGGAUGGAGACGCUCUUCCAUUUCAUUAUCUCAUCUUUUAAAUCGGGGAGGGCUUCGUAUCUGCUCGAUGUAAUUGCAGGAUUCCUCUAUCCAGUGAUAUCCUUACAGGAAACAUCACAUAAAGAUCUGUCAACAUUGGCUAAAGCAGCCUUUGAGCUGCUAAAGUGGAGACUUUUCCCAGACUCUCAUCUACAGAAAGUUAUUGGAGUCAUUCUUUCUUCUGCUGAUGACUCUAACUGGCGUAUAAGAUCUUCAACCCUGACAUAUCUGCGAACUUUUAUGUACAGGCAUACUUUCAUCCUCACUAAUGAAGAGAAACAGAAAAUCUGGAAAACCGUGGAAAAGCUCCUUGUUGACAGCCAAGUAGAGGUACGAGAACAUGCUGCAGCAGUUCUAGCAGGCCUAAUGAAAGGAGGAGAUGAAGACUUUGCUGCAGAUUUUCGUGAUAGAUCCUAUGCAGAGGCAAACUCAUUCCAAAAGAGAAGGAACCGGAGGAAAUCAAGUUCAACCAAGUCUAUUGCGGAGGUGCAUGGAGCAGUUCUUGGUUUGGUAGCUUCAGUUUUGUCUGUUCCUUAUGAUAUGCCCAGCUGGUUGCCGGAUCAUGUGACAUUACUGGCUCGUUUCGCGGGGGAACCUACACCUAUAAAAUCGACUGUGACAAAAGCAGUGGCUGAGUUCCGACGAACACAUGCGGACACAUGGAACAUCCAGAAAGACUCUUUCACCGAAGAUCAGCUUGAGAUAUUGGCCGAUACAUCUUCCUCUUCUUCGUACUUUGCUUGAUUUGUGUCGGGGAAUAGAGUGAGUUUCGUCACAACGACUGUAAUACAACUCUUGUUUAAGGAACCACAUCUUUGUAACUCCAACCUUUUAUUGAUUUUUAGUUUUGUGGCCUAUAGAUUUUAACAAUAACAAGUCAUAAAACUCAUGGUUUCGGUUUUUAUUUCACAAGGAAAAUUAGAUAAGAAUUUUUAGAUA